UCCGGUUUUAGUCUCACGACCAGAACAUUCAGCCGAAAAGCAUCAUCCAAGAAUGGAUUUCACCUAUUUUGAUGACCAAAUCGACGAAGACCUACUUGAACUUGCUGUCGAGGAAACUACUAUUAAGUUUUGUGAUGAUAGUCAAGUAGAUGUUAUUCACCAACAAACAACGAGCAAGGCAAAGAAAAGAAAAGUUAAAGAGCCAAAUCAUAGGAAGAAGGGGGUGACUUUAAAGAGGAAAGAACAGGAUGCUCCUCAGAUUUGUAUAAAUUCAAUCAUCAAAUGUGCUUUAGAAUCGAUGGCAAACAAUGCGGUUUUGGAGGAGAUGUAUGGAGAAGUUCUUCAAAGGCUAAUGGAAGGACCUACUGAUACAACAGACUUUCUAAGUGGUCUCUUUAAGAACAGAUUGGAAAGCAAAACCAAUUCUUUGGAUUCCAUGUGGACAAAUUUCCACAAAGUUUGGGUGGAUGAAGAUGUUAGAAAAAAUGUGCAAGCCCACUUAGGUGUCUCCAAGGAGUUUAGUUCAUGGCUUAUGUUGCACUGCCAAGAAGAAAUUGCCAAGCAGAAGAAAGGGAUAGAGGAACUGCAUCAGCAACCCAAAGAGCUAACUAAGGGUGAUAAAGAAGUAAUAUCAUACAUUUGCGGAGCAGUAUUAUCAAAGCUUAUAAAAAAGACCUAUGACACAGUAAGAAAGAAACAUGCGACAAAAGAAACUGAAAAUACUUUGAGGCAGAGAAUAGAAUUACUUAACUGCUGCAAGGGCACUGAAGAAGAGUGGUUGAGGGAUAAGAAAUUGAUUGAUACAUUGAACCGGGGUGGUCUAACAUACCCAAAAGCAAAAUUUGUUGAAAUCUUUCAUAAAGCAGAAGAAAUUUUGAGGAAAGCUAUAUCUUCUAAUCCAAAAAGGAUUAAUGUUGCUUCUAUUGUUGUCACCAUUUUCAAGGAGGCAUCUACAUUGCUAGCUACCUCAAAGUUUCUGUUUGAUUCUGUUGAUGCAGCAUCUGAUUUGAAGGACACAAUUUUUAAAGAUGCUAUUCGGGUCUACAUUAAAAUUAGAGCUCAUGCUCAUGCUAGACAUGUGAUAGAGACACAUAAAUGUGCAACUGGACGACAAAAGAAGGAGAAGGCAUUACGGAAAAAACUCAAAUUAUCUUCCUAA